GGAGGCGGCUGUUCUGGGCUGUGUGGAAUGAGAGACGGCUGGGAGAAGAGCCGACAUGGAUGAACAAGAAGCAGAGCUUUGAGCUUGGUUCGGCCGCCUGGCCGAGCUAGACACCGAACCUUCUACCUCUCACAGCUCCUGGAAAGCCAAGGUGGAAUCACAUCUGUGAUAUCUCCCCCCCCCACCACCCCAAAGGAGGACAUCAUCCGAGGGGAGGAGGAGGGAGUCCUGUGCCCAGGAAUAUACAGAAAGUGGAAGAACGCGGAGGGAAGGAGCUAGCAACUUUAGUUACAUUUCCAGCAUUCUACGUUCCAAGGGAUUCUACUCAGAACAAUGCUGGCUCGUAUGGGCAAGGAUAAGCUGUUACCGUGGAUCCUCUCUCUGUGAUCACUGAUUUUUCCAGGGAGGAGAGCAGUCAGGGGAAGCUGUCCUGGGACAGCAACAACAGAAAAAGGAAGAGGCAAGAGAGGAGCUGCUGCCUUGUGGCUGCUCUUUCUUGCAAUGCCCUGGCUGAGCGGUGGCAGGAGGAGAAGGCAGCCACAGCCACCACCGCAGCACCAGCAAUGCCUACCCCAGUGCCCACUGCCCUGCAGGAGGGAGAGCUCAGAGUUGCCUUUACCCGCUGGCUGGGAGGAGGCAAGGGAUUUUGAUGGAAGGGUAUUUUAUAUUGAUCACAACACCAGGCAGACCUCAUGGAUUGAUCCAAGAGACAGGAUAACGAAACCAUUAACGUUUGCGGACUGUGUUGGCAACGAACUGCCUUUGGGAUGGGAAAUUGUUUACGAUCAACAGAUUGGUGUGUAUUAUAUGGACCACAUAAACCAAAUCACUCAAAUCGAAGAUCCGCGUGAGCAAUGGCGACGAGAGCAGGAGAGAAUGCUUAAAGAAUAUCUGGUAGUAGCCCAGGAAGCACUUAAUGCCAAGAAGGAGAUUUACCAAAUCAAACAGCAACGUUUUGAAUUGGCACAGGAAGAGUUCCAGCAAUUGCACGAGCUUUGUGAAGAUGAUGGCAGAUCCCACACUAGCUCAUUCUCUGGCUUUUCGACAAACACAAAAUACGACCCGUAUCAAAUUAAGGCUGAAAUAGCGAGCCGUCGAGACAGGCUUUCUAGGCUAAAACGAGAGCUGACAUUGAUGAAGCAAGAACUGCAAUACAAAGAAAAGGGUGUUGAAACGUUACAAGAGAUUGACCGAAAAAUGUCCAGUUCGCAUACCAACUAUAAGCUAGAUGAGGCGCAAGCCAUAAUGAGUGAACUCCGAACAAUACGGCAAGCAAUAUGUAUGGGAGAGAAGGAACGGCGUGAGCUUAUGCAGAGUCUGGCUAAGCUGACUGAUGGAUUCAGGAAUAGCAGAAUUUCGGAUUCGUUGCACAAUAUUCCACACAAUUCAAGCUCGCUCAGUGAUUCCUGCUUACCUCAGCAAUACUGUGAUGCUUGUUCACAAACCGAGAACGCUGGAGAGUUUGGCUUUGAUGAUAAGACAAAACUGGUGGAUAGAGUACGACUUAAUUGGCAAUAUGAGGAAGCCAAAAAAAGAGUUUCCAGUAUUCAACAUCAACUCGCUCUCCUAGAAAAUGAAUCCUGGCCAGGAAUGGCUGAGGCGGACAGGGAUCGUCUCCAGCUCAUCAAAGAAAAAGAAGCUCUUCUUCAAGACCUGGAGCUCAUCAGUCAGGAGAGGCGAUCCCCUGAAGACCUAGCAAGGCUGGAUGAGGAGAAAAGACGUUUGGCAGAAGAGAUUCAGAGGGCCCGUUCCACAUCCGCCCAAGGGGUUACUGAAAGGUUGCUGCUACAAGAGAAAAGAAACUGCCUUUUAAAGCACCUUGAGGAAGCUACUCGUUUAACUUCUUAUUUACACACUCAGCUAAAAAGUUUGUCUGCCAGCACCCUUACCAUGUCUUCUGGUAGCAGUCGUGGUUCGUUGGCAUCUAGUCGUGGCUCCUUGGCAUCAAGCAGAGGAUCUCUCAGUUCCAUAAGCUUCACAGACAUUUAUGGCCUUCCACAUUAUGAAAAGCCUGAUGCAGAAUUUGGUCAGCAUCUGCGCUUUGAUAUGAUUCCACUAGAAGCUCAUUGCAGAGAUGGUCAUUAUUCGGAGGCAUCAGGGCUUCCUAACCUCAGCAAGCCAAAGAUGUCUUUGGAUACACCUCAGUCACUUGCAUCAUUGUCAUCACGGUCGUCUUUAUCUUCAUUGUCUCCUCCAAGCUCCCCAUUAGACACACCUUUUCUUUCUGCUUCCCGUGAUUCCCCUUUAACCCAGAUGUCCGAAGGCUUAGAGGAAAUUAUGAACAUGGCUGCUUUUGAUAUACUCCGUGGACAUGCUCCAACACUGGUUGGUGAAGAAGCACAAGGGUCACUAUCACAGUUGCACGGUUGUCACACAGAAAGUAAAACUGCCAGAGAAAGUGGCCUCCUCUUACCAAAUCUCCAGACUGGUGCAGGAAUUAAUAUUCGUGAUGACAGCACCAUGAGGCUAGAGAGAGCCAAGCGAGUCUCUGCUGGUGUAUCGGAUGACUCUCUUGCAAGCGACAGUGGGGUUUUUGAAGCUUUAAGUAAAAGGAAUGACAAUGUUGAAGAUUCUGCCUAUAAGGACACUGCCAAAAUCGAAGAACCUCAAGUACAGGUUGGAAUAGUGCAUGACGGUGGAAGUGAAUUUCUCUUUGUACAUGUCCUGCAACUUAAACAUUUUAACAGCCUCGCUCUCAAGCAAGGAUGCAAAAUCCAUAUCAGAGUGUACUUACUUUCCCAAGAUUCCAGCACGCCAAGCACUUACUGUUCAAAAGCUCUGGAGUUCCAAAUGCCGCUCAUGUUCAAUGAAAUAUUCCAAAUCCCGAUGCACUUGAGUGUUCUAAAGCGGAGCUCCUUGCAGCUGUACAUAUGCUCUGUGUGUCCAAAACUGCAGGAAGAACUGCUGGGUAUUGCUCAGAUUAAUUUGAUGGAUUAUGAAGAUUCCAAAGAAUUGCAUCUUCAGUGGUAUCCCAUCCAGAUUUACAGCAGUGUGGAACCACAAAGAACCACAGAUGCCGAGGACAUCAGAAAGGGCUGCGUACAAUCUUCUGAAAACACUGCAGAAACUAAAACGGAUGCAGUGUCUGCUUUACUGGCUCGGACAACAGCUCAGCUGGAAGCGGUAGAGCGUGAACUAGCAGUGGAGCGGGUGAAGCUGGAAUACACUGAAGAAGAGAUAUUGGAGAUGGAGCGAAAGGAGGACCAAGGCGAAGUUGUGUCUGAGAGGAGCUGGCAAGCAGAAUCCGUUGACAGUGGUUGUCAUAGCAACUGUACCCAGAUAAUCCCCCAUUAUUCAGAAACAUGUUAUGGUGAAGGCAUCCAUGGGCCUAUAUGCGCAGGGCAGGCAAACCUGUAUGGAUCUUUAAACAAUCAAAAUGAGCCCAUUAAGGUAGAUAAAGAGACCAACACAGAGGAUGUCUUCCCAGAUGAGGUUACUAUUCUUCAGAAAGAGAGAACCUGCCGCCGGUCUCGUGGGUCUCCUUUUGUUCGCAGUAGUACAAUCGUUCGUUCCCAGACAUUUUCCCCUGGUGCAAGGAGUCAGUAUGUGUGCAGAUUAUAUCGAAGUGACAGUGACAGCUCAACAUUGCCAAGAAAAUCACCUUUCAUUCGAAAUACACUGGAAAGGCGAACACUGCGCUAUAAGCAGCAGUCUUGCCAGCCUUCCAUGGCAGAAAUCAUGGCCCGGACAUCCCUUGACCUGGAGCUGGAUCUCCAGGCUUCCAGAACUAGGCAGCAGCAGUUGAACGAGGAGAUUCAUACUCUCAGAGAGCUUAAGCAACGUCUCGAAGAGAUACAGCUUCGCGGGCAGAGCGAUUUACCACAAUGGGUGCUGCGUGAUGAUCGAUUCCGCAAUUUGCUAAUCGAAGCAGAAAGACAGACAAGACAAACCAAACUCGAACAGCGUCAAGAGCAAGCAGCAGAGAAGAUGCUAAAGAAAGCGUCUAAAGAGGUAUUCCAGCUGCGUGGGCAAAACCAGAAGGAGCCGCUCCAAGUGCAGACCUUCAGGGAGAAGAUUGCAUUUUUUACCAGACCAAGAAUUAACAUACCUCCUCUGCCAGCUGAUGAUGUAUGAUGUGUUUCCUUCUAAACAGGAAGUAUCGAUCUGUUUGUUUGUAUCUCCAUGAAGUUAUUAGGCUAGUUAAGUUUGCCAUAUUAAAUGUUUAAAAGACUAUUCAGAUUUUGUAAAAAAAAAAAAAAAGAAAAAAACUAACAAAAAAAACCCCAACCAAAGCGUAUAUACAUAUAUAAAUAUCUAUAAUUAUAUAUUUUAUAAUAUGACUGCAGCAAGGCUUGGUUUUUCCUUGCUGUGACACUGAUAUCUCCAGACAACUUAUUUUAUACCGUAGAUCAGACUACCCCAUUCAAGGAUGUGUACAGUUUUAAUGCUGUUCUAUGUGUCUUAAUAAAGGCUGGAACUCAGAAGAAAAGCAAGUUCAGGGAAAUUCACUGUAUUGUAAUUUAUUUAUAGUGCCUUGUUUUCCUUGAGGGAAAAUACCUGCUUUAAAGAUGUUUUAGACUGAAUUUAUGCUUCCCAGUGUUUGUCAUACAGUUGAAUUGAACUAGUGAGCUGUUUUUUUUUCUGGUACCUGAAAUGAAAAAUACUACUUGUAAACUGUCGAUUUGUAGUAGCUUUCUGCUUCCUUUUCUGUAUUACGUAUCUCAUAUUCUUUUGUUUUUUUUUUUUUUUUGCACCACCUCUUUCUAUACUGAACUAUUAUCACCAGAAGGUUUUUAAUACUGAUUAAAAAUGGCAUUUGCUUUUUUCAGAGAUUACAA